CUACCACUGCUCAACUCACUCUACUCCGGUCGUCGAAUUCUCUCUCUCUCUCUGACUCUCCCUUUCUCUCUCUAAAAUCCAUCGCCGCUUUCGAGCUCCUGAUUCCAAAUGGAGGUCGAAGCGCACGCGGUUUCCGCUUUCGAUCUUAACCACGCCGGAAACUUUCCUGCUUACUCGUUUUCUGGUGUGUCUGCAUCCUCAGACGAGCCUCUUUCCGAUCAAAUGCUUGGUGCACGGGAGGACUCCUCCUUGCCCCCUAGUCCCGCCGCUAGAUGUCCGUCUAAUGCAGCUAAGAAUGUUCAGAAGGUUUAUCGGAGCUAUCGUACUCGCCGCAUGUUAGCUGACUCCGCCGUCGUCGCCGAGGAAUUAUGGUGGCAAGCACUAGAUUUUGCGCGAUUAAAUCACAGCACGAUAUCAUUUUUCGACUUCCUGAAGCCAGAGACAGCUGCCUCGCGUUGGAAUCGUGCUCGAUGGAAUGCUUCAAAGGUGGGAAAGGGUCUAUCCAAGGAUGCCAAGGCUCAAAAGUUGGCUUUUCAACACUGGAUCGAAGCUAUUGACCCAAGGCACCGCUAUGGCCACAGCUUACAUCUUUAUUAUGAGCAGUGGUGUCAAACUAAUACUGGUCAACCCUUCUUCUACUGGUUGGAUCUUGGAGAUGGCAGAGACUUUGAGCUUAAAGAAUGUCCAAGAUCAAAGCUCCGUCAACAAUGCAUCAAGUAUCUUGGACCAAUGGAGAGGGACCAUUAUGAAUAUGAGGUUCUUGAUGGGAAAAUUUUGCAUAAAUUGACUGGGAAACCACUUGACACAAUUCAAGGGUCAACAGGAUCAAAAUGGAUUUUUGUGAUGAGCACCUUUAAACGACUCUACAUUGGGGAGAAAAAGAAAGGAUUGUUCCACCAUUCCAGCUUUCUGGCUGGAGGGGCUACCUUAGCUGCUGGAAGGCUCACGGCAGAGCAUGGAGUGCUUAAGUGUAUCUCAGCUUACAGUGGACACUAUAAGCCAACGGAUGAAAUCCUUAACAGCUUCUUAUCAUUUCUCGAGGAGAAUGGUGUAAAUCUGAAUGAAGUUGAGAUACAAAAGCCUACUGAUGACUAUGAGAGUAAUGAAAAUGGGCAGCCAGCUUCCGAUCCGUUUACUUCUGACGUUUCGGCAAUAUCAGAUUCCAUUCCAUCUGAAGUGGAUGGGAACAUGCCUCCAGAAACAAUCAAACCUUCUAAGCCAGAAACUUACAAGAGGAGUCUCUCUGGUGGUCUUCAGAGUCCCAAAGCAGACGUGCCAAGUAAGGCCCUGCUGCAAAGAAUCAACUCGAAGAAGGCUAUCAAGUCGUACCAAUUGGGGCAUCAGCUCUCUACAAAAUGGUCCACGGGUGCCGGCCCGAGAAUCGGAUGCAUUGCUGACUACCCCAUGGAGCUGAGGGUACAGGCGCUGGAACUCACUAACCUCUCUCCGAGAUCUUUGCCACCAUCAUGGACACCGAGAAGGACUGCUGUGGAGAUUGUUUCGCCUUCUGCCUAUCCAUCAAAUGUAAGCAGCGAAGACUAGAAGCUUACUUUAAAAUGUAAUGACUCUGCACAUCUCUAUCAAGUAUAUACAGACUGUUGUAGAAAGUUAAUGCAUUUUACCAGUCAUGGGAUGUUUUUAAAGUGUAGCAAUGUACACCAAUGCAUUUUCCUUUUCCA